CAGGGGUCUGUAGACCUACUGGCUGACACUCUGGACAACAACACACGCAGCCUGAUGAAAAACAUGGACACUUACCUCUGGUUUUAGACUGCGCAAAACAACAGAGAUAGAGAAGCUGAUGACUUUGAGUCAACCUAAGUUUGUGUCUGGGUAUACCCCCUUUGUAAAUAAUAUCUUAAUUUAAUUUUGUAAAGAACAAUGGAUCUUACUGCCAAACAUGGACUUGUGCUGCUUCAACAGCUAAGGAAGAUGAGGGAGACUGAGCAUCUGACAGAUGUGGUGCUGGUUGCUGAGGGCAUCAGCUUUCCCUGCCACAGAGUCGUUCUAUCUGCAUUCAGUCCAUAUUUCCGUGUUAUGUUUACCUGUGGUCUGCGUGAAUGCAACAACAGGGAAAUAUUCCUGCGCGACACCCCUGCAGACAGCUUGGCUCUCCUCUUGAACUACAUGUACACUUCAGAUCUUCCUCUCACUAACGCCAACGUACAAGGCAUCUCCAUCGCAGCUUUUCUUCUGCAGAUGGAUGACGUCUUCGCUCGCUGUCAGCUGCACAUGACCGAGAACAUGGACGCCUCUAACUGCCUUGGUGUCUAUUACUUCGCCCGUGACCUCGGUGCAGAGGAAUUGGCCGACCACGCUCAGCGAUUCCUGAGGCAACACUUCGUCCAAGUCUGCCAGAAUGAGGAGGUCCUGGAGUUGGAGGCCUAUCAGCUGGGAAAGCUCCUGUCUUGUGAUGACCUGAAUGUUUCGCGAGAAGAAACCAUCUUGGAUGUGGUUCUUCGCUGGGUCAACAACAGAACUAUGGGAGAUGGAGAAGUGCGCAUUCUGCAUCUUCCAGAGCUCCUGAGGAAGGUCCGUCUGCCACUGAUAAGCCCUGACUACUUAAGAGAGGCAAUGAAGAGAAACACGGUUCUGCUGUCUGACGCUGAGUGUCUAGAGAUGCUGAACAAAGCUCUGGAGACCACAUCGAUGCAUCCCUCAGCUGCACCACGCAAACUGAAGCUGCGGUAUGGCAUGGAGACCACAGACCUACUGCUCUGUGUUGGUAAUGACGGCGGUGGGAUCAGGUCAAGGUACGGCAACUACGCUGAGCGCAGCUUUUGCUACGCCCCAUCCACAGGCCGGACCUACUACAUCACGUCACCUCGCUACGGGGAGGCCAUGGGGUACGUGUGUGCUGGGGUUGUGACUGAAAAUAAUGACAUUAUUGUAGCAGGAGAGGCAAGUGCACGCAGAAUGGCUCGACAGAAAGACAUGAGCGUUGAGAUCUACAGGUACAAAGUGGAGGCCCAAGGAAGCUGGGAACGCUUGACGUCAGCAGAGUACCGCGAUUCAUACGCUCUGGGAUCACUGGGUGACACUCUGUUCUUGUUGGGUGGGCAAAUGAAGCUGAAGAACCAGUUUCUCAUCACUAACAGUGUGGAGCGAUGGUCUAUGCAAGGCGGACCCUGGCGCAGCGCAGCGCCCCUUCCGAUGCCUUUGGCCUAUCACAGCGUGGUCAUGAUGAAAGAUCGCCUUUAUGUGAUGGGUGGUCGAACCCCACAGUCAUACCGGAUGGAUGAUGAACCCGACCGUCUUAGUAACCGCCUCCUGGAGUAUGAUCCAAAUCUAAAUAAAUGGACAGAACUUGGCCCCAUGAAGUACUCAAAGUACCGCUGCAGUGCUGUGGCGCUUAAUGGGGAAAUUUAUGUGAUGGGAGGCAUUGGAUGUGAGGGUGUGGACCGUGGCCAGUCACGUCACUGCCUCAAUGCUGUGGAGAUCUACAACCCUGAUGGAGAUUACUGGAGGGACGGACCUCCUCUCCCAUGUUCCCAGCUUUCAUUGCGCAGCAAUGCUUCCAAUGCAGGAGUGGUGGGAGGAAAGAUUUAUGUUUGCGGCUACUACAAAGGAGCAGAUCGCCAUGAUGAUAUAACAAAAGACAUUCUGGAGCUGGAUCCAUGGGAGAACCGGUGGACAGUGGUGGCUCGGCGCGCUUUGAUGCAUGACAACUAUGACGUCUGCUUAGUGGCCAGCCUCAACCCAAGGGGACUCAUGUCCCCGCCUGCUGACUUAGUGAAACAGUGACACUGUUGUCAGUCAGCUGGAAGUCUGCGUGGGAGACGUAGUGAUAGAUUUUAAUUAUUAAUGCACUUAUUGCUGGGCCAAAGGCACUUUUUCAAGCAGAAAAAGUCUUAGAGCUCUGCAUGAAAGACAGUCUGUGGGUAAUGGCUUACUUGCACAUUGGUGAGCAGAAAGGUAACUUGUAAAUAAAAUAUUUUAGCUUCUUGUUAUUUCGUGUAACAUCUACAGAGAGGAUUACUUGCAGAUGUAUGUGUGGCCUAUGUGGAGUAUUAUUAGCAAAGCCAGGGAAGGAUUUCCUUCUGACAGGGAUAAAGGAUGGUUGCAAUGGUGGACACCUGGGUCUGAUCUGGAUCAUGCUUUACUUCUAUUAUAUGGCUGCUUUUAGAGGAUGGCUAUUAAAGCUAGCAGUGAAUUGACAUUUGUAAAAUAUAUAUAUUUCCUAUCAUAGUCAUUUCUUUAUUUGUAGAGUAAAAUGUGCAUCGUUUUGCAAAUAAAUGUGGACUUUAUCCAUG